UUUCAUUCAAGAGAAAACCGCCAGUUCCAGCGGCACGUACGUACGCAAAACAAUGUUGUCAAGUCCAGUUUAACAGUUGCCGUACAAGCGGGUCCGGGGAAGCUUUAAAAGCGUUGCCAAUGGGCAGACGUCCCCAUAGUAGGAUCGGUGAAGUGAUCUAGUGGGACGUGGGUAUACCAUCAGCGAAAUGAGGAUCGCGCGUGUAAUCACGGUCUGCGCCGCAUUAAUAUCAACGUUCCUCGGCGCAGAAGCCGUGCGUUACAAGAGGCAACCGCAACCAAAGAACCAUCUGCCGCAGCUCGAGCCCGAGAAUGGUACCAAUCCUGAUGACAUAACGUUCACCACUUCUCAGCCCGAAACUCCAAGGCCGAAAACGAUCUACGGUCAGCAAAGGAUUUACUCAAACGUUCCGAGUUCAAACAAGAGGAUCCUAAAAGUUCGUACUUGGCCCAUGCAGUCACGAUCGUCUAGUGAGGAAGGGAAUCGGCGUCGAAGGCAACUUCAGCAUACUGGCGGCAAAACAUCCGGGAUUCACGUGGGGCAAUCGUACGAUGUUAGCGAGAAUUACAUCGAAAACCAGCAGAUGGAGACUGUACAAGGGCCCGCGGAAGCUUUCGACGAAGGAGCUGUUCGCAUCGAGCCCGUAUACCGAGUGACGAAGAACAGAAACAUAUUUGACUCGAUCGUGGAUGUAAUUCGAAAGAUCGUCGAUCCUCCAAAGGCGUUGGGUCCAUUCGUCGGGCCGUUUCACUUCCCAGGGAUUGGUGACAAAGUGUAUAUACGACUUCUGGAGCCACUGAAUUCGAAUCAUUUGGUGAUACGGCUGGUAUCCCAUUUACCAACCACAGAAAUCGAAUCGACGCUCGACAAAGAUAUCCUUCCAUCCAGUGAAAUAGUGGAACAUCCCGAAGUCCCAACGAUCGGCCACGAGUCACUUCCUCUGUCCAGCGAAGGUUCGAUUGGCACUUACGAGCUUCAUCACAGUGACGUUCAUUCAAUCUCGUCGGACAGCGCGUUGUCCUCCAGUAACAACGUUGCUCAAGUCUCGAAACCAUUGGGCACCUACGGACACGCGGCUGGUUAUCCCCCAGAGAAUCAUAGAGUGAGGACGUACAAGUUGAACUUCAAACAUGGAAACAUACACGGCAUCCAGAAAGUCAAACACCGUAAGAACAACCCGUUUUUGGUCUCGUCGCUGAGACACGGCCACGCUAAUUUCCCAACCAGUUUGAAACUGGCUGACCAAGCAAAUAAAACGCAGAUCAAUCAAUAUCUAUCGAGCGGCUUUCAAGAUCCGUUCGACCACGCGUAUCCGUUCUACUCGCCGUCGAACGAAUCAAGCAAGGAACACACCAAGCUGUUGACCGUCGAUUUCCAACAGUUGCAGACACCAUCGAACCUGUCGUCCCCCGAGUACGUCACCUACGACAGUCCAGUCAGUUUAAUCGAAAAGUCUCCGAACAAGCGAACUCCAACAUCGGCCAGUCAAGAUUCUCACGAAAAUCGUCCGAAAUACAGUAUCGAAUUUGCAAGCAAGAACAUGAGGUAUCUUAAUCUAGAUGGGAGCGUCGAGCCCGCCGUUAAGAACACGAAGGACGAAGGUUUCAAGCCAAUGGAACUGGGUGCUGUUUACUCGAAAGUACCCAGGUCUGUCGAUUACCAUUGGAAAGCAGUCGAACGAACGAACGUGCAACGGAGAGAUGAAGUGGAACCAUCGACGGGCAAGCAGAAUCACAGAGGAUUGCGAGAAAGAAGCGACAGUAACGGUGACGCGUUUCUAGAGACGUUUCGGAAGUCAAGCGGCGACAGGAUGAAUUAUUUACGAGGCACGGCCGCGAACCAGCGCGUUGUAAAAUCGACGAACGAGCAAGGGUCGAGGUGUUGCUCGCAAGAAAUGAUGGACAAUAAAGCCGCGAGGUUUAGUUUCGACGAACAACCGAGGAACGAGUCGGGGAUGAAUGAUUCAACGAUCAGCGUGGAAUCCACGUCGAGAAACGGAACGACGAACAGUCCGAUCCCGUAGUUGCCCAGAGUCUAAUCGUUCUGGAGAAAAUCGACGAAAGACCUGAAAAAGUCUGAUUUCUAAUUAGUUUUUUAGUCCUUGUUUUUAAUCUGUCUAUUUCGUUAUAUCCUUUGUCAACUGCGUUGUCGACGGACGGAAUAGAUCUUUUGUUCCAAUUUGCGUACACUUGUAAUAAGUUUGUUAUGUUUCUGCUGCUAAUAGUACUUGCAGUAAUAGUACUUGAAUGUGUAAAUCGA